CUAAUUCUCUGACGAAAUCAUUUAGGUCCUGAAAAAGGUCUAAACGGAAUCUGGCUUGCAAACUUCAAAGCAGUCUCUACGGCAGAACAUAUUCACAAGGUGAAUGAGUCACGUGCCGGCGAAUUCAAAACGACCGUCGACACUGAGUGACACUGUGAACGACAUGGCGGCUCUCCCUCAUACCCCUCGUAUAUCCAUCUCCUUGCAAUCGAAUGCCACUACAGCAGGAUGUGCGACUACCGAUGGUGGCGGGUCUAGCAGCAGUCCCAAUACAAUUGGCGGGUCUACUGAGAUCCCGAUUCCGAUUCGGAGCAGAGACAGCAGCAAAGACGCGCCUUUUCUUGUGAUUUCUCGUCGAGAGGCCCUCUUCUGUCUCCUUUCCCUCGCGAUGGCGCUCUCGCUGCUCCUUCUCGCAUCCGCAGUGCGACACGGCACGAUUUUACACCCCCCGGAUGAUUCGGUUCGCGAGCUCCGUGCGACGGGCCUGCGACAGCUCCUGGCCGCGCCGUACGACUACCACGACGACUCCGCUGCCGCCGCCGCCGCAGCUGCGGCUCUGCUAGUAGAGCAACCUCGAGGCGGCAGAGGGGAUUCCUCCACCGCAGCUCUACUGGUAGUAGAGAGAAGUGCCGCAGAACAACCUCAAGGCGGCGCCGGCAGUGACGACAUCAACUCGACGAAAGACUUCGGCCAGACUUCAAGUCGGGCGGAAUUGGAUCAUUCCACAGCAAACCCCGCGGCUAUUCCGCUCAAUUUUCCCGACGAGAACAAUGAUCGAGGCGGAGACGAUGACGCGCCCGCAAAGAUACUUACAAUGAUGGCGGCGGCUGCAAACGCCAGCCGCGUCCCGGGGUCGCCGCCGCAAGCUUCGGAGUCGGUCAAGGCCGGCCCAGUCGACUCAGAGUCUGAGUCGGAGUCUGCGACUGGUGGCACGACGAGGACAGGUCAGGAGGUCAGCGGCGGCGCCAGCAGCUCCGAUUCUGGAAAAGUUUCUACUGGCAGUAGUAUAAGUACGCCUGACGGUGACUCUGUGACUCACACCGUCCUUGGCACUGGCUGGCCUCUAAGUGAGGCUAAUCCGAAUCUUGGUGGCGGUGGCGGUGGAGGCGCGAGGGGCUGCAAGCGGCGUUCACGGACGGGUCACUGCGUGUCGAAUCUCUUCAGUCUCUAUGACGACGUGUACAGAUCGCUUUGGCCGAGCCGCGUGGAUCUCGUAAUCCGCAGCUACGUGUCCACCACCUUCUUCCUUCUGGAGAUGCUCUUCGCAAGCAUCGAGCAGAUGUGGCCACGUGGCAUCGGUGACGUCAUCCUCGUCCUUGAUGCCGACGAGCAAUUGGCUGAGGACCUCAUCCCCACGUGGGUCAAGGUCUACUAUGAGGAGAAUCCCCUGAACCUUCCUGGAAAGAUCCUGCAGCAGUGGAGCUACCUCUGGGCCGACAACUACACGACAGCGCCUUACGUGGCUCUAAUCGAUGAUGACGUCAUCUUUAACAUGAAAGUAACUCCCGGGUUACUGUUCAACCUGACGGAUGGCAAGCCAUACGUGAUUGGCAGCGCGCAGAAGCAGAUGAACCACUGGUUACCCUCCACGCAGUUUUUCGUUGGCAAGGACAAGUACUUUGCCAAUUUCAUGGUCCAGCUGCCGUUCGUGAUGCCGACACGUGUCCUGCCGAAAUUCAGGAACCACGUGGCGACAGUUCACAGGAGAAAGGGCGAGAGCUUCGACUCCGUUUUCAAGUGGUUCGCCCUCCAUGGACCCAAGUUCGAGAAGACCCAGAUCGCUCAUACGACUAUAGGGAAUUACAUGUGGGCGCACGCUCAUGAUGAGGUGCAUUGGGCUUUGGAGUGGACCGAUCACACGCCGAUUCCUCGCGUUGGCGUGCACCUUCCGUACUCGCAGCCAUUCCGUGUCGCCACCAACCACAAGGACAAUGCGCCACGAGUCAUCACAACGUACGUCCAGCUGGCGGCAUAUUACUCUCACGAGGGCGUGUGUCAUGCCCUGCCUGCUGGGGAGCUGCCGGGGUGUGAUGAUGUGAACAAGUUCCCCCAGCGGCAGAUUUGGCAGUACGCAAUGGAUUGGUAUGACUGGCCAGCUAUCAAGGAGAAGAGGGCUAAUGCGACUGUGGUGUAUGACCAGUACCAGAGUGAGAUGGCUUGCAUGUACUGGAGGGUGGCUCAGGCUGGUGGUGAGGGGGCAGCAAGCAUGCAGGGAACAUCUGUGCAGCUGAGGGGGGAUGCUCCUGCAGAGAGGAGGAGAAGAGAGCUUGUGGCGUCUCUUCAGGAUUGCAUCACCCCUCGGUCAUAGGUUAUGCAGCUGAGCUUGGUGGCUAUAUCCAGGUAAACGUGCGAGGGGUGCAGCUGAUACUGAUAUCUACGAUAGAUGUGUAUGGUAUAGGCUUGGUUUGUUGAGCAUGUUUACUGAUGUAAGUCUACUAGUGUUGGUUCAAGCUGAUUGUGCAAUAAG